UUAGGAAAUGUAUUUCUGGGCUUCAAAUCUGAGCUUGAAGAAGUGUACAAGGUCUACUGCCAGAACCAUGACGAUGCCAUCUCUCUGCUCGAGAGCUACGAGAAAGAAGAAAACAUCCAGAGCCACGUGUUGGAGUGUCUGGAGAGACUGAGGGCCAUAUAUCGAGAGUGGGGGAAAACAAACUACAUCAACCUCGGCUCCUUCCUAAUCAAGCCGGUUCAGCGGGUGAUGCGUUACCCUCUGCUGCUGAUGGAGCUGCUGGGGGCCACACCCGAGAGCCACCACGACCGGCCCCUGCUGACCGAGGCUCUCCAGGCCAUCAAAGAGAUCAACGUGAACAUCAACGAGUACAAACGCAGGAAGGACCUAGUGGUUAAAUACAGGAAAGUCGACGAGGACACGUUCAUCGACAAGAUCUCCAAGCUGAGCAUGCACUCCAUCAUCAAGAAAUCCAACCGAGUCAGCAGCCACCUCAAACACCUCACAGGAAUCUCCCCCCAGAUUAAAGAUGAAGCGUUUGAUGAAGCAGAGAAGAAGUUCAGGCUACAGGAGAGACUCAUCAAGUCUUUCAUCAGAGAUAUUUCCUUGUACCUGCAACAUAUAAGGGAAUCGGCGUCUGUGAAGGUCUUGGCGGCCAUCAGUUUCUGUGACAUCUACACAGAGCGCAGCAUUCUCGACCCGGAGCGAUUCCAGAGAGCUCACCGCUGCAUCAGCGACAAACAGUUCACUCAAUUUAAGGAGCGCACAGAGGCCUUGGUCAUCAACCCGCUCACCCAGCUGCUCCUCAUGUUCGCCGGGCCGCACAAGCUCAUCCAGAAGCGCUUCGACAAGCUGCUGGACUACGACAACUGUAAGGAGCGCGCCGAACGCCUCAAGGACCGCCGCGUCCAGGACGAGCUGCAAGCGGCGCGCAACAACUACGAGGCGCUCAACGCACAACUCCUGGACGAGCUGCCCAAGUUCCACGGAGCAGCAGAGAAUCUGUUCACCGGCUGCGUGAGGGCCUUCGCUCACUCACAGAAGAACUUCACCAAGACUACGCUGGGAGAGUUGAAGCCCCUCCUACAAGCUUUUUCGAACAAAGUAGGCCCAGAGGGGAACCUGAUCUCUAAGUUUCAAGAGGAGUACGGUCGGGUUCUCCAACUCCUGCAGAGCUUUAGCUUCUGCCCGGAGAACCUUCCUCCUGCCGCCUCCACCAAAAAGACCGUAGAGAAGAAGACUAUGGAGAAGCAGAUUUCAAGAAAGCAUCUGCCGGCACCUCCCAACCACAUCUCGCAGACGGACGAGCACCGGGCGGGACUUCUGGCACGUUACGGACCUGAGAAACUUUUCCAGGCAGAGAGAAACUUCAACGCAGCCCAGGAUCUGGACGUGUCUGUACUGGAGGGAGACCUUGUGGGUGUUAUCAAGCAGCAGGACCCCAUGGGUAGCAACAACCGCUGGCUCAUUGAUACAGGAGUCGGAAAGGGUUUUGUUUACAGCUCCUUCCUCAAACCCUACAACCCACGCAGGAGCCAAUCGGACGUGUCCAUCGAGAGCCAGUCGUCCAAUGAGUCGGGUUACGGCGGCUCCUCGCCUGUUUUCUCACGCCAAAACAGCAACAGCACGCUGACCUUCAACCAGGAAGCAGCCACCGUCAGCUUCUCCACGUCGCAGCCCACGGGUCAUUCCUCACCACACCCUUCGCUCGACUCUGCCUCGUCUCGUCGGAGUAACCCCAGAGACACUCCCAGCCUCGACCCUGCCAGCCAGAGCAACUCCAUCAACUCCUCGCCCAGAAAUCCCUCAAACCGCAGGGAGUUCUCAGAACCAACUCACAGAAUGUCCUCCAGAGACACGGAGCCUUCUCACCGGCAUCACAGAGACUCGUACGAUACGGGUGCGAGCAGCCACAAGGAGACGGCAGACCUCUCGGAGACAGACUCUUAUUCUUCACUCAGAAACAAUCGAUCGCAGCGGCAUGGACACACGGACAAAACCUACAGUUCAUACCAGUUGAGAAACGGAGAUAACGGGGGCCAAAAGAGGGCCGCUCCCCCCAGAGAGGAGUACAUCGAGCCGGAGCCGGAGCCAGAAGCAGAAGAUGAGAGUGAAGUUGACGGUCAUCAGAUCUACUAUGCUAUCUACUCCUUCGAGGCUCGUUGUGCCAAUGAGCUGACCAUCUCAGCCAAUCAGAGGCUGCGGAUUCUGGAGUUCGAGGACUUGAACGGCAACAGUGAGUGGUGGCUCGGGGAGGCGGAAGGCCGGCGAGGCUACGUGCCUUCAAACUACAUCCGCAAAUCAGAAUAUACCUGAACAAAGUUUCACCCUGAAGACUGUACGACGCCUUGAGGAAGGCUCACUCUGAGCAGACAAGCACCUGGACACGUGGUCGCUUAUUUCUGAUCUGUUAUAUCAUGGAGUUUGAUAGUGAGACAGACUGACCAUUGCGCAUGACUCUGCUCCUAAGAGUUAGCAUUUUAUGCCUAUAUUUAUAGACUUUUUUAUAUUAUUUUUACUUACUGGAAAUUGCACCUACUCCCUCUUGUUUCCAGUGAUAAACCUGUGAAUUGCACCAUAUUUUUGGCCAUAUUCUCUGUGGCUGAAGACAAUGAAAUGUAUGUUUAAAAGUCUUAAAGGUUGACGCAUUGGGAGAUUGCAAUGGAAAUGUGAAUGUUUUGGGUUCAGGCUGGAUUUUUUUCUAAACAAACAUCAAGAUGUAUGAAGACAGACUUAUGUUAACACUGUGUUAAUGACUUUUUUCUGCUUGUGGUUUACCACUAGAAUGAUGAAUGAAUAUUAGAUGAUAUCUAUACGGUAAUGUUCAACAAUCAAGGUUUGAGGCACUUAUGUUGAUUAUCCACUGGUGGCGAGCUUUGAAGUGUCUGUGGAGCAAUCAACUCAAAUCAAGAAUUUGGCGUAUUGUAUGAAUUGAAUCUGUAAUUAAAAAAAAGCUGAAUAUAUGGUUUAGAACUCCCCUUGUCGAUACACUUUGACACCGUGCAAACAGGUGAUGACCGGCUGAACCUGUCAGAAGAGGUUAAAGAACACGGAGAAAGAGGUCGUGCUCCAAACUCAACUCUUUGUACAUUAUAUAUAGUGCUGUAUAUUGAGAAUAUGCUAUUGCACCCACUGUAAAGUGAUCACUGUUUGAAUAAAAAAAACAGCUCCGCUGACAAAUUAA